UUAGCAUAUGGGCGCGGGCGCAUGCGCGGUGAGUGGAAAGGUGGUAGUUGCUGAGGACCGGCCAGUUUUUUGGGAGGGGAGAAGAGCCAAGCCGAGCGGGUUCGGAGUCAGCCUGGCAACACUGGUCCAAUCUCAGGUUUUCCCUUCCCCCAAGCCUUUGCCACUUUCCUCAAAACAAGCCGAAUCGUUUGCUGUCCCUGUCCCAUUCCCUUCCUGGCUGAAGGCCUCCCCUGUCACCAGGCGCCCCGACCUGUGGGAACAUCAUGAGCUUCUUCAGCUUUGGGCAGAGCGCGGAAAUUGAUGUGGUGUUAAAUGAUGCCGAGACCCGCAAAAAAGUGGAACAUAAGACUGAAGACGGGAAGAAGGAAAAAUACUUCUUGUUCUACGACGGAGAGACAGUGUCCGGGAAGGUGAACGUCAGCCUAAAGAAUCCAGGCAAAAGGUUCGAGCACCAAGGGAUUAAAGUAGAGUUCAUCGGGCAGAUCGAGCUGUACUAUGAUCGAGGAAAUCACCAUGAGUUUGUAUCUCUGGUUAAAGAUCUGGCCCGACCUGGUGAGAUGACACAAUCCCAAACAUUUGACUUUGAGUUUACACAUGUAGAGAAGCCAUAUGAAUCGUACACUGGUCAAAAUGUGAAGUUGCGGUAUUUUCUGAGAGCAACCGUCAGCCGCAGGUUAAAUGAUAUUACAAAGGAAAUGGAUGUCAUUGUUCACACUCUGAGUACCUACCCUGAGAUGAAUUCAUCUAUCAAAAUGGAAGUUGGAAUUGAAGACUGCCUACAUAUUGAAUUUGAAUACAACAAGUCAAAGUACCAUUUGAAGGAUGUAAUUGUAGGAAAAAUAUAUUUCUUACUGGUUCGCAUCAAAAUCAAGCAUAUGGAGAUUGACAUCAUAAAAAGGGAAACCACAGGAACUGGACCAAAUGUGUUUCAUGAAAAUGACACAAUAGCAAAGUAUGAAAUAAUGGAUGGCGCUCCGGUCAGAGGUGAAUCCAUUCCUAUUAGGCUUUUUCUGGCUGGAUAUGAAUUGACUCCAUCUAUGAGGGAUAUCAACAAGAAGUUCUCUGUACGGUACUACCUCAAUCUUGUUCUCAUUGAUGAGGAAGAAAGGAGAUAUUUCAAACAGCAGGAAAUCACUUUGUGGCGAAAAGGAGAUAUAGUUCGAAAGAGUAUGUCCCACCAAGCCGCUAUUGCAUCACAGCGUUAUGAAGGAUCAGCAAAUGCUGAAAACAAACCUUUAAUUGCAAAUCAAGAUUCGGAUAACUAGUUCACAUCUCUGCCUCCAUCCUGGUUUCUAGAUUAGCAAUAUAAACUGCAAAACAGAGUAUCAAUGGACAGAAAUGAGUAUUCAAAGUUGAUUUUAUUUUCUUUCAGAAGACACCUUCAGGACAAGAGGAGAUGGACUGAAAGUUAAAUUGUUGCCUCUGUUUUAAUAUCAAGUUAAAACAGUUUUUGUGUUGCUUUAAGGAUGUGUGAUGGAGCAUACAAAUACAAACAAAGCUUCAAAUCUGAGUCCCUCUACCAUGAAUCUGAUGUUCCUCACACAUGUUAGUUUUCAUCUACCAUGAACACCCUAAAUGCAACUUCGAUUUAUUAGCUAUGCUAUGUGGAAAAUCAACAAACCUCCUUUGUGUUGGGUCAAUUCUACUCUGUGUUUCUAGUUUUGUAUCAGAAAUAUUUGAAUGUUUCCAUUAACAAUGCACAAAAUGUCCUUGUUGCUAAAUGGGAUCAGUAUACUUGGGUACCUGAUGGUUGGCAUUGACCAAAGAAACUGGUCCUUUGCUGUGUGAUUCUGUUGGUUGCUUUUACAUAGUUUCUUAAUGUCUUAAUGUAUGCUUCUAAAUGACAUGGAUGUUUAGCAAAUAGAAAUUCCAAAGUUUCCAGAAAUACAAAAGAGAUCAACUUGUUCUGAAAAUUAUUUUGAAUGCUUGACUUCAAAUUUUGUGGAGACAUACAUUUGCAGGAUUAGUGAUUUGCGCAUGUAUAUGUUUUUAAAAAUUCCAAUUAUUUUAAAGUAGAGCUGCCCUUUUUUUUCUGGGAAUCGUGAUCAGAUUUUAAUUUUCUAGUUUUCACUCCAGGCAGGAGACGUGCACUGUGUAUGAGUAAGGCUAGAAGCACAAAUGUUCUAAGGUGGGCUUUCUUUUUAAAGAUAAUACCCCUUUUACACAAGGCAAGUUCUUUUGAUGUUUAUAGUAAAUUGCUCCUUUUUGCAGUAAAUACACAAAGAAUUACAAUUUAAUUGUACAAUUAUUAAUGUUCAAUGCACAAUUAUAGGUCUUUAUUAGUACAUUUUAAAAAUCCUACUUAAUUUAACACAACCAUUUUAAAGUUAGUUGAAAUAGCUGGAGUUGGGAAAAGAGAAAACAUUCUCAAUGACAUCAAGCAAUCUGAAAUUGUUAAUUAUGCAGCUAAAUAUUUAAUUUCUGACUGAAGUUGGAGGUUAAAUUUACAUUAUCAGCUACUUUAAAACUUCCCUCUGAAGACAUGAUGUCAACGUGUGCACUUCAGGGGAAAAAGUCAUUCUUAAAUCCAGAAAAAGUUAUACUAUUAUUGCAAACACGAGGAAAUCUGCAGAUGCUGGAAAUUCAAGCAACACACACAAAAAAUGCUGGUGAACGCAGCAGGCCAGGCAGCAUCU